AUGCCAGCAGGCGAUGCCAGCGAACCUGUUUUUACGACUGAAACAAGUCGCAUGGAUCGUACGGAGUUGCCGCUGGAAGGGGAACUUGUGAAUGCAAUCGCUACAUGCCACUCUCUUACAAGAAUAAAUGGUGUGUUGCAUGGAGAUCCACUGGACCUCAUCCUUUUCCAGCAAACAGGAUGGAUUCUUGAGGAAGCUGGAGCAGAUGAGGCUGAUCAUGACGAAACUGAGAUGUACGACAUGGUUCAGGCUGUUGUGAAUGAAUACGCGCAGCAUGGAUUCCGCUUGAUAGCUGUUGCGCGACGUUCUCUCAAUCUGAACUUCAACAAGGCUGUUAAAGUGCCAAGAGAUAAGGCACGUGAUAUUUUCUCUGUUCGAGUUCUGAAACUUGGGGUUUUACCGAAAGUACAAGCAUGA